CAUGCGAGUGCUCGCGUAAACACAAGAGCAAUUUAAAAAUGGCGGAGUACUCAUAUGGGUUUGCGAAGUUCUAGAGCGCAACUCGCGUUCGCAAAUACGCUGUUAUUUACAUCGAACGCCGUAUAAGGAUAUGUGUUUACAGCUCUGAUAGGUCCUUGAUGUUCACACCCAGCGCCAAGGACCUGUGGAAGACCUACAACCAGUUCCCACAGCCGACUCCGUUACUGACGCGGAUCAAGCAGGACUGCUAUGAAUACCCCGAGUGCUCGCAGCAGGACUUCUUCGCGCACCAACCCGGCGAGAACAACAACCUCCAUGCAGCAGGGCCGCCCGACUCGGUGGCGGCUCGCCGCGAAGCCAACCGGCUGCAGCAGAGGCGCCGCUUAGCAAACGAGUCGCCCGAGAAGCGAGCCGCGAGACUGGAGGCCCAACGCAUCCAGCAGCACCUGCGGCUGGCCAGCGAGAGCCCUGAGCAGCGGGCGUCCCGCCUGCAGGCGCUGCGGGAACGCCAGCGCUACCGCCUGGCGCACGAGACCCCCGAUCAGCGGGCGUCGCGUCUCACCGCCCUCCGGGAGCGACAGCGCAUCCGGCUGGCCUCAGAGACGCCGGACCAGCGGGCCAAGCGCCUCGAGGCCCUCAGGGAGAGGCAGCGCUUCAGGUUGGCUAAUGAGACACCUGAGGAGAGAGCUAAGCGUCUUGAGGCUUUGAGGGACAGGCAGCGCUACCGGUUGGCCCACGAGUCGGGCCAGCAGAGGGCCGCCAGACUGGCUGGCCUCUGGGAAAGACAGAGAUCAAGGCUCGCCACUGAAACCCCUGACCAGAGGGCCAAGCGUCUCGAGGCUUUGAGAAUCCGGCAGCGGCAGAGAAUCGCCAAUGAGAGCGCAGAGCAACGUGCCAUGCGUCUGGCCGACCUGCGGCACCGGCAGCGCAUCCGCCUUGCCAACGAGUCGCCGGAGAAACGCGCCUCCCGCCUCGAGGCCCUGCGGCUUCGACAGCAGCAGCGGCUGGCAAGUGAAUCGCCCGAGCAGCGAGCCGCGCGACUCAUGGCGGCCCGGAUCCGCCAGCAGCAGCGGCUCGCCAACGAGUCCAAGGAGGAGCGGGCGGCCAGGUUUGCGGGCAUCAAACGCCGCCGCAGGAUGAGCUGCAGCACGCAAAGUUCGGCUUGUCCCUCGCUCUCGGUGUACGUGCCGCGCAAGCCGUUGCCCCCGCUGCUGCGUUCGCCACCCCCUGCGCCACCGCCCACGCCAUUUCACACGCCGCCCUCGCCAAACCACGCAGCUAAGCAAGCGUUUAGAAGAACAGUUAAUGUCGAAGGAAGUGACUACUGGUGGGAGAGCCACUUUUUGGUGCCGCAACAGCCCCCAGCGCAGCAACAGCAGCCAGCAUUCCCGUGGGACUAUGUUUGUGAUUCCGUGUUUGCUCCUUACGUGAGACGCCAUCCAAUCGCGCCCCCGCUUCCGACGCCUCCUCCGCCGCCCCACAGCCCUUUCCAGCAGCAUCCGCAGCAGCAACAGCAGCAGCACCCGCCUCCUCAGCAGCAGCCUCCGCCACCACCACAACAGCAGCCACCACCGCAGCAGCAGCAGCAACCCCUGGAGACACAGCCCAAGAUGGAAAAUCCAUGAUCGGUGAUGGCAUCGCGCGGAGCACCCCGAUUGGAGAGUGAAUGGAAGGAAACAAUAAUGUCUCUAGUCAAGCGCGGAAUAUAAAGUAACCGAAAAAUUUGUUGUUUACACAUUAAUACAUUAGGGAAUCUCGCAAAAAGUUACAAUGUGCUUACCAUCUGGACUGUAUUCGAAGGGAAAAUGCCAUUAACUAUUAUUAUUAUUACACAAUUAUACACGGUUAUGAUUAUAUAAUAACCAAGUUACUAACUAAUGAUAAUGAGAAUGUAAAGAGUACUAAACAUAAUGGUUUAUGUCGUUAGAUAAGGUGAUGUGAUCACUCAAAUGGCCAUCAUAUCAAUAUGUCUUGUAUUUUAUAGAAAUAAUAAUGUCAUAGACAGUAUAAAAAUCAA